UCUUAAACUGUUGUCUGCCAUCCACGAUGUCGAAAAUCAUAUCGUUAAAGAACACAGUGAGUUUGGUUACUGGUGGUGCUUCUGGUUUGGGUCGGGCCACAGCCGAGCGGUUUGCACAGCUGGGGUCCCGUGUAGCAAUUUUAGACCUGCCUUCUUCAGAUGGGGAGAAUGUUGCUGCACAGAUCAAGGAAAAAACCAGCGGAGAAUGCAUUUUUACACCUGCUGAUGUAACAAGUGAGUCUGAUGUUUCGUCAGUGAUUGACAAGAUCAGUGAGAAAUAUGGAGCCCUACACAAUGUGAUCAACUGUGCUGGCAUAGGUGUGGCUCGCAGGACUAUUAACUUUGGGAGAAAGGAGACUCACUCACUCGAGCUCUUCAACAGAGUCCUUUUGACAAACGUCGGUGGUACAUUUAAUGUCAUCGCCAAGGCAUGUCCUCUAAUCAACGAGAAUAAACCUCUGAAUGAAGAUAAUUGCCUGGGCUGCAUCAUUAACACAUCCAGCAUUGCAGCAUUUGACGGACAGAUUGGCCAGGUAGCAUACUCUGCCAGUAAAGGGGCGAUUGCAGCCAUGACAUUACCAAUAGCCAGAGAUCUAUCUAUACGAGGCAUCAGAUGUGUAACCAUUGCCCCAGGCUUGUUCAAGACCCCGCUGCUGGAGUCACUGCCUGCGAAGGUGCAGAAGCAGCUGGCCACAUUGGUCCCCUUCCCGACCCGUCUCGGAGACCCUGCCGAGUUUGCCCAUCUGUGCCAGAGUAUCGCCGAGAACCCCAUGUUGAACGGCGAGGUCAUCAGGCUUGAUGGGGCCAUUCGUAUGUUGCCUUGAUGCUGUGGUCGCAUUGGAGGAUUUGGGACUUCCUAGACAUUACAUGAAUUUUGUGAUCAAAUACUUUUUAAUACUGUCAACCUGUGAAUAGUGCUAAUGAGGAAUGUCAGGACAUUCUGUUUGGUCGUAUACAUGUGCAUACAUUGUUUUUUUAGUAAAUUGUGGAGAAAAAAUGUGCAACCCACAAAUGGUUUUGUUUGAUAUAGCAAAGGCCAAAGAGGUUUACGUGUAUAUUCGUAAAUGUAAAGUCAACUUUUUCUUUUGAACUUUAGCAUUAAUAGAUGUUGUUGGAUAAAAUUUAAAGCCUU